CUCGCCUUCGCAGCCACGGGGAUCCCUGCUUCUUUCUUUCUUUCUCUCCCUCCCGCUCUCUCCACCCCUGCAUCGACAUUGGUGCUUGCAAAUGUAGGCUGAAAGACAGGAGUCCGUCUUGACAGCCAUCGCCCCAGCCUCCUUCCCUCCAUGGCUGAGGGUGACUCACCCUCGGCACAAGACCUGUAAGUGGCUCCAACUUGAAGGAAGCAGUCCAGCUACGGUCUUCCUGCAGCGGGGACUGGGUUUCCGCGGGCUGCGAGGACCGCCACCGAGCGGGCGAGGACUGCGCGGUUUGGACGAGAGAAGAAAAUUUUCCCCUCGCUCCUCAGCACAACUAGGCGGUAGCAAACAAGCAUCAGGUAGACAGCUGAGACCUGAAGAUACAGAGGCAGAUGGUGAGGCCGAUGCAGAAGAUGAUUCUAUCAGUGAAGUGACAACUGAAAGUGUAAGACCUAGGCCACAAGGAUCUUCUCCCGUGUAUGAAUAUUGCAUAGAAGAUGAAUAUUUUAACAAAAAGCUUCAGCAAGAUAUAGAGAACAGACAAAGAAGAGACUCCACCUUCAAAAUGAGUGAUUCACAGGAAUCUAUGGAAGUGACAUUACAAACCGAAGUGGAAUCUGGCGCAAGUGGAUUCAGUGUAGCUGGUGGGGGAGCCGAAGGAAUAUUUGUGAAGCAAGUGCUCAAGGAGUCCCCAGCAUCAAACCUAUUUAGUCUAAGAGAAGGUGAUCAGCUGUUGAGUGCCACAAUCUUUUUUGAUAAUAUCAAAUAUGAAGAUGCACUUAAAAUACUACAGUAUUCUGAACCAUACAAAAUACAGUUCAAUCUUAAAAGAAAACUUGUUGGGAAAGAUGAGCUGGAAGCAAUAUAUUCUGCAACACAGUCCAAAAAGGAAAAAUUAAGUCAGGGAAUGGAUACAAUGGAAAUAUCUGAGAAGACAAUUUCAGAGGAAGAUAAAACAAACUUAAUUGUAAAACAAAGAGUGGGAAGACCAAAAAGAACCAAAAAGGAUAGACUUUCGUGGCCAAAAUUCCAGUCCAUUAAGGGAAAGAAGAUUUUGGGACACAGAAGAUCUCGAAGUACAUCAGAUGCCUAUGAACAUGGAAUUCCAGAUGUUUCUCCUACAAGCACAGAUACAGAAUCACAAUUCCAGCCAGAAGAAAUUCAUGGAAAAAUUAAAAAACAAAGCCAAAAGAAACUAAAGUUUCCAACUAUUGGAUUUAAGAUGCACAAAAGUAAACAAGAACCAUAUGAAAUAAAUCCAUUCAAAGAAUAUGAGAAUGGUACUGCUGUGGAACUCUCAGAUACAAUGACAAGAGAGUAUACUUUAUUAGAUGUAGACAGAAAACCAAAAGAAAAAGAGCCAAAAAGAGAUGUAUCAGAUGCACCACAACAUACAAGAAAAUAUCCUGAUGUUGAACUAACUCUUACAAAAUCCAAAGAGAAGAAAUUAAAAUCCAAUAUAGAAUUUACAAAACCAGAACCUACAAUUGCAGCAACACAGAUGAAAACAGCAGUAAUUCAAACAAAAGACAUUGCAGACUCUCAGAUCAAAGUUUCACAAAAUAUUCCAAAAAUGAAGAAAAAAAAGCAAAAAGAUUCAAAAUUACAAAUUGAAACCCAAUAUCAGAAAGAGGAAAAAGGAAAAGAAACAAAUAUUGCUAGCAAGUAUGCCUUACCACAAACUGAAGCUCCCAAAGUUGAGAUGGAUAUCAAAAUACCUAAAAUGGAUUUCUCCAUUCCCAAAGAUGACCAGAAGGCUACCAAACCUGAGCUUAAAAUGGGAGAAAUUACUGCCAAUAUAAACAUUUCAGAAUUUGACAUAAAGUCAAGAGCAGGCUAUGGAAUUUUGGAAUUGAAAACGUCAGACCAAGAAACAAAUAUUACAUCAGAUGAAAUUCCUGCAGAUGGCUCAGCCAUUACACUGGAAGAUGACGAAACUAAGUUCAAAAUGUUAAAAUUACAAAUGCCCAGCUUUAGGGUAUCACUUCCCAAACGGAAAGGUAUCCCACAGGGAGAACUUUCCAUAUCUUCCAUGGAAACAGACUUCCCAAAAACUGGACUGAAAACGGAACUCAAAACUGAAGAGAUUGAAACUGACAUUAAGUUGACAGAAGUGGAGAUAGAGGCCCCCAGUCUGGAUGUGGAAAUAGGAGAGAAGGUCAAAAUCAAAAUGCCUGCACUGAAGAUGCCUAGCGUCAAGGUCGCCAAACUCAAAACACCAGAAGUAGGGAUCUCCCUGCCAAAGGUUGAAGCUGAUGUCACCUUUCCCAAAGCUGACAUGUCUGAUGGCGUAGCGGCUGUAAAAUUGCCAGAGGCUGAAGGCACCAUCGAUGGGGGAGGAUUGAAGAUACACAAGCCAAAGUUCAAGAUGCCCAGCAUGGGAUUUUCCAAACUAGACAUCAAGGGCCCCAAAAUCGAUAUGGAUGUCAGUAUGCCUAAGGUGGAUGUUUCUCAUCCUGAAGUUGAGCUCCAUGUCAAGAAACCUGAGGUGAAGAAAGGAGAUAUUACCAUAUCAGCACCAGAAGUGAAGAUUCCCACAGGCUUGGCCAGCCUGGAACUCAAAGCUCCUGAAGUAGACGUUGAGGCUUCUUCUGGAAAGGUUUCUGUGCAGGGCCCCGAUGUUACGCUGGAAAGCGGGGAUAGGAAGUUCCAAAUGCCCAAGUUCCAUAUGCCCAAAUUUGGAAUUUCAAUGCCCAAAGGGAAAGGUGUCCCAGAGGCAGAAAUCAGCAUACCUUCUGUGGAAGCAGAGCUGCCAAAGACAGAAUUGAAAGCGGAAGUGACACUGCCCUCUGCUGAGCUUGAGACCGAUCUUAAGCUUCCAAAAGUGGAGGUAGAUGCCCCUAGUUUGGACGUGGAGAUUGGAGAUAAGGGUAAAAUCAAAAUGCCUGAAGUGAAGGUGCCUAGCGUCAAGGUCCCCAAGCUCAAAGGGCCAGAAGUAGGGAUCUCCCUGCCAAAGGUUGAGACUGACAUCACCCUUCCCAAAAGAAAAGCUGAAGUGUCUGAUGCAGCAGCAGCUAUAAAAUUACCAGAGGCUGAAGGAACAAUCGAUGGAGGCGGACUGAAGAUACACAAGCCAAAGUUCAAGAUGCCCAGCAUGGGAUUCUCCAAACCAGACAACAAGGGCCCCAAAGUUGAUGUGGAUGUCAGUAUGCCUAAAGUGGACGUUUCUCUUCCCAAAGCUGUGCUCCACAUUGAGAAACCUGAGGUGAAGGGAGGAGAUGUUACCAUAUCAGCACCAGACAUAAAGAUUCCCACGGGCUUAGCCAGCCUGGAACUCAAAACUCCUGAAGUAGACAUAGAGGCUCGUUCUGUGCAGGGCCCUGACAUUAAGCUGGAGAGCGGGGAUAGGAAGUUCCAAAUGCCCAAGUUCCAUAUGCCCAAAUUUGGAAUAUCAGUGCCGAAAGGGAAAGGUGUCCCAGAGGCAGAAAUCAGCGUUCCUUCUGUGGAAGCAGAGCUGCCAAAGACAGAACUCAAAGCGGAAGUGACAUUGCCCUCUGUUGAGUUUGAGACCGAUCUUAAGCUUCCAAAAGUGGAGGUAGAUGUCCCUAGCUUGGAUGUGCAAAUUGGAGAUGCGAGCAAAAUCAAAAUGCCUGAAGUGAAGUUGCCUAGCGUCAAGGUCCCCAAGCUCAAAGGGCCAGAAGUAGGGAUCUCCCUGCCAAAGGUUGAGACUGACAUCACCCUUCCCAAAGGAAAAGCUGAAGUGUCUGAUGGCGCAGGGGCUGUAAAAUUGCCAGAGGGUGAAGGCACCAUCGAUGGGGGAGGACUGAAGAUACACAUGCCAAAGUUCAAGAUGCCCAGCAUGGGAUUCUCCAAACCAGACAUCAAGGGCCCCAAAGUCGAUGUGGAUGUCAGUAUACCUAAAGUGGACGUUUCUAUUCCUGAAGUUGAGCUCCACAUUGAGAAACCUGAGGUGAAGGGAGAAGAUGUUACCAUAUCAGCACCAGAAGUGAAGAUUCCCAGGGGCUCAGCCAGCCUGGAAUUCAAAGCUCCUGAAAUAGACUUUGAGGCUCCUUCUGGAAAGGUUUCUGUGCAGGGCCCCGAUGUUAAAUUGGAAAGCGGGGAUAGGAAGUUCCAAAUGCCCAAGUUCCAUAUGCCCAAAUUUGGAAUUUCAAUGCCCAAAGGGAAAGGUGUCCCAGAGGCAGAAAUCAGCAUACCUUCUGUGGAAGCAGAGCUGCCAAAGACAGAAUUGAAAGCGGAAGUGACACUGCCCUCUGCUGAGCUUGAGACCGAUCUUAAACUUCCAAAAGUGGAGGUAGAUGCCCCUAGUUUGGACGUGGAGAUUGGAGAUGCAGGCAAAAUCAAAAUGCCUGAAGUGAAGGUGCCUAGCGUCAAGGUCCCCAAGCUCAAAGGGCCAGAAGUAGGGAUCUCCCUGCCAAAGGUUGAGACUGACAUCACCCUUCCCAAAAGAAAAGCUGAAAUGUCUGAUGCAGCAGCAGCCAUAAAAUUACCAGAGGCUGAAGGAACCAUCGAUGGAGGCGGACUGAAGAUACACAAGCCAAAGUUCAAGAUGCCCAGCAUGGGAUUCUCCAAACCAGACAUCAAGGGCCCAAAAAUUGAUGUGGAUGUCAGUAUGCCUAAAGUGGACGUUUCUCUUCCCAAAGCUGUGCUCCACAUUGAGAAACCUGAGGUGAAGGGAAGAGAUGUUACCAUAUCAGCACCAGAAGUAAAGAUUCCCACGGGCUCAGCCAGCCUGGAACUCAAAGCUCCUGAAGUAGACGUUGAGGCUCCUUCUGGAAAGGUUUCUGUGCAGGGCCCCGAUGUUAAGGUGGAAAGCGGGGAUAGGAAGUUCCAUAUGCCCAAGUUCCAUAUGCCCAAAUUUGGAAUUUCAAUGCCCAAAGGGAAAGGUGUCCCAGAGGCAGAAAUCAGCAUACCUUCUGUGGAAGCAGAGCUGCCAAAGACAGAACUGAAAGCUCCUGAAGUAGACAUAGAGGCUCGUUCUGUGCAGGGCCCCGAUGUUAAAUUGGAAAGCGGGGAUAGGAAGUUCCAAAUGCCCAAGUUCCAUAUGCCCAAAUUUGGAAUUUCAUUGCCCAAAGGGAAAGGUGUCCCAGAGGCAGAAAUCAGCAUACCUUCCAUGGAAGGAGACCUCCCCAAAACAGGACUUAAAAUGGAAAUCACAUUGCCCUCUUCAGAGCUUGAGACCGAUCAUAAGCUUCCAAAAGUGGAGGUAGAUGUCCCUAGCUUGGAUGUGCAAAUUGGAGAUGCGAGCAAAAUCAAAAUGCCUGAAGUGAAGUUGCCUAGCGUCAAGGUCCCCAAGCUCAAAGGGCCAGAAGUAGGGAUCUCCCUGCCAAAGGUUGAGACUGACAUCACCCUUCCCAAAGGAAAAGCUGAAGUGUCUGAUGGCGCAGCGGCUGUAAAAUUGCCAGAGGGUGAAGGCACCAUCGAUGGGGGAGGACUGAAGAUACACAUGCCAAAGUUCAAGAUGCCCAGUAUGGGAUUCUCCAAAUCUGAUAUCAAGGGCCCAAAAAUAGAUUCAGAUGCCAGCAUGCCUGAUGUACACACCUCUCUUCCAAAAGUUGAGGUCAGCACUACAAAACCCCAGCUCAAGAAAGAUGAAUUCGAGGGCGACAUCAGAAUAGCUGCCCCUGAAGUAAAGAUUCCAUGGGUCCCAGUCACGGUGGAGCUGCAAGCUCCCGAUGUAGAAGUACAAGCUUCUUCAGGAAAAGUUCCAGAUAUUUCUGUUGGCCUAUCCAAGGAUGUUGAUGUUCCCCAGCUGAAAACAACAACGGAUAUUAUUGAUAUUGCAGUGGAAGCUACAACAUUUGAAAUGGAGUCUGAUGUACUUGGUGAAAAAAAGGAUGUUUUGGAACAGAAAAUAAAAAUGCCCCAAAUUAUUAGAGCUGAUGUGAAGACUGCAGCAGUAGGCAUACCAUCUGUUGAUAUUUCUGUCACACAGUCAGAGGUAAGCACUCAGGAUUUACAUGGUGCAGCUAAGGAGCCAGAAGCUAAGGGACAGAUAACUAAGAGAGGAAGUUUAGAUGGAGAAGAAAAAGGUCAUUUCAAAAUGCCAAAAUUCAAAUUGCCCUCAUUGAGCUGGUCCCCUAAAAAGGAAGCAAGCCUUAAAACAAAUAUAAAAGAACCUCUGGAAGAAUCUCAUCUUGGCAUAGUAUCAGAUGAUACAGGCACAGAACCAAAAGUAACUCUUUUGGAAGAUGAAGGCGUUCAUAUUGAUGGAAAUGUAGACAUAGCCACCAAAAAAGAUCAAGUAAAAAGACCUCAUUUAAUUAUGCCCAAAAUCUCACUGUCUAAGACAAAGCUACCAAAAGCAGAGGUAGAUAUAGUAGUGGAAGGUGGUGGAGCUUUGGUGCAAAUACCUGACAUAGAAAACAGUUUUACGACAAGAAAAGUAGAAGAAACAGAAAUAAGUGUAAAAAUGCUGAAAGGUGAAAUCAAAGAAAUCAAAACAUUCCAGACAGAUACAGAUAUCAGCUUACCCAAAACUGAUAUUAAGGUGUCCAUGGCAAAAGGUUCGUUGGAACAGGAAUGUUUAGAAACAGAGUUCAAAGGUGACAUUUGUAUGGACAGUGCAAGUAUGAAAUUUGAUGGUACAGAGGGGGAGUUUAGGAUGCCAAAACUGAAAAUGCCAAAGUUUGGCAUUUCAGAUCUGUUAGAAAGUGAGAUUUCAGAUCUGCCAGGCAGUGGAAUCACUUUAUCAAAACCUGAAUCAGAUGCCUCUCAGCUUCAAAUGACUACAGAAUCUGAUGAACUUGGUGGAAAAGCUCAACCCUUACAAGUUAAAAGUGAUGAAGGAAUUUCUGACGAAAUUCAGACUGAGGAAUCUCAGAGUUGGUUUAAAAUGCCCAAAUUCAAAAUGCCUUCAUUUGGUCGAACUUCAAAGGCAAAAAAAAGUGAUGCUGAAACUGAAGACAUCACUGGAGAAGCUCAUGUUACUGAAUUACAAGUUGAAGUAAGAUCUCCUGAAGUUGUAACCAUCUCAGGGGAACUUGACAGUGAAAAAAACAUCUCAGAACAAAAAGUCACGCUUCCUCAAGAGGAUGUUAGAGUGCAGAAAGAACAGCAGUCUACCACUGACCAAUUAGUGGGUGACGGCAGUUUUUUGCAGUCCUCAGAAAAAAUUGGCAGGAAACCUAGUGACCUGGACCCCAAAAUGCAUGCUGGUAUAGUUAAAGAUAGUGAAGAAGGACAAAGUUCUCAAACUGAGUUCAUUGGCACUAUCCCAAAGAUGGAUAUUGAUAGAAACAUCCCUAAAAGUGAGAUGACCAUUCAGCAACCCAAAGUCAUACCAGACACUAUGGCAGUGGCUGAGAUACCAUCUGCUGAAAUUACUAUGGGAAAGAAAACGGAUGCUACUAUUAAAGAUCCAGAACCUUUGCAAAGCCUUGAUACACAACCUGAAGAGAUAGGGACUGAAAAGAAGUCACCCAAAAAGGAUUCUCAGGGAAAAGAAAGUAUAUUCAAAAUGCCAACAUUCAGUGUACCUUUGUUUGGAUGGUCUACCACAAAGAGCAGUGCCAUUGUUCCCGGUAUUGAAUCUGACCUAGAAGAGCCUGCUGUUUCUCUUUCCAAAGUUAAAAUGGAUGUUUCAGUCACUGAUGAAGACUUUGAAAUAAUUGAUUUCCCAGUUGAGGGCUUUGAAAAAGAUUUGCCUAAAGAAGGUGAAGUGAAAGCAGAAGAGAAAGAGAAAACAAGUAAAACAAAAGCAUCUAAAUUCAAGAUACCAAAAUUUGCCAACUUGCGCAGUAAAUCUCAGGGUAUAGACAUUCAGGUUGAUUCACCAAAAAUGCAGACUGAGGUGUCAUUAGUUAGACCCGAGGAAGAAACAUCAGGAAUCCAAGUUCAGGAUAAAAAACCUGGAGAUGCAGAAGAAAGUUUCCAAAUGCCCAAAUUCAAAAUGCUCAAGUUCACACACAGAAUUUCUGAAGGAGAAAAACUGACUUCAGAAGAGACAAUGGAUAUAAAGGAUACAGCUGCUGCUGAUAUUUCUCAAUUGCAGUUCAAGACUAUGUUUCCUGAAGAAAAAGGAGAUGAUAUUCAGAAAUCAAAAGUCAGAAUUACAACACUAUCUGAACCUGCCAUUCAGAGACCACAAGUUGGAAGUAAAUUCCAAUCUACAGACUCUUCUUUUGUGGAUACAACAGUGUAUGUGCAUAAACAAGUGCCAAAGGAAUUCAGUGCUGAAUUUCUUAAAGAGAAAAUAGAGACUAUGGACAGUAAUGUUCAAAAGUCAGUCGCUAAAAUUACAACACUGAAGGAGCCAGAUAUUCAAAGAGCACCACUUGAAAUUAAACUUCAGCCUGAUGAUCCAUUUAGUUCAAGUGCACCAGUGCAGGUUAAAGGAUCAAUCACUGAAAGUAAAGAAAUAAAGAUGGAAAGUAAAUCUACCUUUGGCUAUGGUGAUGAUACUGAAAUACAGGAAUCUUUUUCCACUCAAAUAGUAAAAGAAUCUGAGAUUCCUCCAUCAGAAGUUAAAACUGCUGCCCUUGGAUUUUCGCUUCUCAAAGUGAAAAUCCAAGAAUCACAUGUGAGUUUAGAUGUACCAGUCAAGUUAUCUUCUACAAAAUGUAUGGGUGAAAUAUUUGAGGAUAAGGAUCAUCAACUUUCAGGUACAGGAGAAGCAACACAAAAGGCUGGUUUGAGUGAAGUGAAACCAUCUGAUAAAGAUAAGGAUAUAACUUAUGAAUAUAUUGAAGGAACAUCUGCUGCUGCAACACUGACAACGCUUAAAUCCUUCACAGUUGACAUACAGUCUUCUAGUGAAUUUAAAGAGAGUCACUCUGAGCUAAUAGAGAUAUCUAAAUCUGCUAUAGAAACUACCGAGGAAAUGGCAUUUACAAGUAGCACAGAUGAGGUCACAGAUGAAAAAGAUAGUAAGAGAUCUGGUAGAUUUAAACUUUGGUUUCCAAGUAUUGGGUUUUCUCCCACUACGGAUGACACAACAUCAGAUUCAAAACCUGAAGCUCAACCAAAAGUUCAGCCUGAUGAUUCAUCGAAGUUAGACAGUGAUACUUCCAAAGAAACUGAAAAAACAGGAUGGUUUAAAUUUCCUAAAUUAGGUUUUUCAUCUCCAACAAAAAAGACCAAGGAAGUGGGCAAAGAAAAGGAAACAGAUUCAAAAGAAGGAAAGGGUGAAGAAAGUCCAACAGACAAAAAUGAAACUUUCUUUGAUGCUCAGGAAACCUUAUCACUCAAAGAGAAAGAAGAAAAUGAAACCUCAGGUGAUAUAACAUCAGAGCCCAUUGUUUCAUCUUCAGCAAGAACUGAACUGAUCCUCUUAGAGAAAGGGAAAGCCGAACCCAAACACACUCCUGAAGACUCAUCAAAAUAAAAUUGUUUCUCCCUCCAUAUAAAUAAAAAUAUAAUAUCAUCUAGAAAAGUAUUUUUAAAAAAUCAAAAAUUAAUAUUGCCUUCAUUUCAGCAAAAUAAAUAGAAUGCUACCUUAAAAUGAUCUUUAUACUUUAUAUUGCAAUAGUGUUUAUAAGUUCAAGGAAUAGUCUUUCAUGUCUUCACAGAAACAAGUAUUACCUACAGUAUGAAAUACAUGUAUAAGAAAAUCCAGACAGAUGAUGGACCCUACUGUUGAUUAAAGAUAUACAUAGUUCCAGUGAAACCAACCAAGAUACUGUCUGCUAAUUUCUGUAAAGAUAUUCUUUUGCUAUUUUAGAGAAACCAAAGCAAAGCGAGAGAUUAAAUAUACUGUUCUGAAAAUUACAGUGAAUUUGUGUGGGAUUAUUUGCAAAAAGUAAUAAGAAAUUAGUGCUGAGAGAAAUAGAAAUAUAUUUCUCCUUUUUAAGAUUUUUUUAACUACAUUUAUGCUGCUAUCUUAUUAAAAACAUCAUUCUUAGACUACUGAGUCUAAGUAAACUAGAUAAAUGGAAGUAAGAAUGUAAAUCUUAUAAAAGUUAGUCUUUUGAGACUUUUUUCACCCAAUACAAUUAAUUGAGGCAGUCAAAAAUAUAACAGCUGGGUUUGCACAUCCUAAAUUUGAUUAGUUUUAAAUUUAAUUUUUUUUCUAAUUGGCAUGUGAUGUGAACCCAACCUAUAAGCCAAGAAAAUGAGUUAAUUCAAUAGCAUGCUUAGUAAAUAAAGCCCAUCAUUUUAUCCACAGUUCAGGUGAAUUUAUUGGGAGCUACAGCAAUUGUGUAUCUAUUAUAAAUCUAAGUUAUUGCCUGUGGUGACUUAGUGCCAUAUUUUCCAUUAUAUUGUGCUGACAAAGCUUCCAAUUGAUAGAUAUAUCCUAAGCAUUUACCAGAGCAGCCUAUCUAAUUCAAACUGCUUUUGAAUUGUCUUUAAAAUCAAGAAUCUUAAUGCUAAUAUAUUUAGAUCUUUGUUGGUGCUCCAUCUCAUGAUCAACUGUGUGCCUAGAAGUCAAUAUCCACUCCCUUGUUGCCACAAUUGAGGAGUUUUCCAAUAUGCUAAGCAAGAAUUUAAUGCUUUCCUGCUUCUCUAGAUUCUUAUCAGAUACAAUAAAAAUAACAUUCUUCAUACGAUAUAAUGAUAAUGCAUUCAGUUUACAACAUCAUAUUACUGCCAAGUAAUAGUGUGAAUUUCCCCUAUUUUAAUUUUAACACUUUUAAUCACUAAAAGACAAGAUUCAUAAGGUCAUUCUACCUUAAUAAAAAGAAUCUUUUGAAUUAAUCAAGAUGGAGGUCCUAAAUAAAGGGGUCUAAUGUCAAGUACUUCAGUGUGAUAUGAUUAUAAAUUGGAAUUCAAAUAACCUGAGAAGACAAGAAUAGUGUGUGGUGUCAUCUUUGAACUACAAAGUAUAAAUAGAAGAGGACAAGUGCACAUGGUUUUAAAGGUUUCUUGGAGAUGUACAGUUAUUAUUGGAAUUCAGAUUAUAUGAUUUCUUUUUUAUAAAUAUAUAGCUAACAAAUACAUACAGUACCUAUUUAAAAAUUAUACUAAUUUAUGACAAGAAUGUAGAAUAUAUUCUGGUUAUGCUGCCAAUAUGGAAAUAAAAGCAGUAUUGUUUGUAUUGUGAUAAUCACUUGAUUACAAAGUAAUACUAUCUUAACUACAUGAGGAUGUGCUUAUCUGACAAUGCUGGAAGUCUUAAAUAAACCUAUGCUUGAGUCAUA